AGUCCACCAGCGUCACCCCCCAGCCCCGAGCUGGACCGCACACCUUGGGACACGGUUUUCCACUUCCUAAGGACGAGCCCCAGACUGGAGGAGAGGUCGGAGGAGGUGGGCGUUGGGCUCUUCGCGAGGACCCCGGCGGCGGGCCCGGGGGAGGCGGCCGAGGCGGCGGCGACCGGGGCCGACAUGGCCGAGGAGCAGGACCUAUCAGAGGUGGAGCUGAGCCCCGUGGGCUCGGAGGAGCCCCGCUGCCUGUCCCCGGGGAGCGCGCCUUCGCUGGGGCCCGACGGCGGCGGCGGCGGCGGCGGCGGCGGCGGCUCCGGCCUGAGAGCCAGCCCCGGGCCGGGCGAGCUGGGAAAGGUCAAGAAGGAGCAGCAGGAUGGCGAGGCGGACGACGACAAGUUUCCCGUCUGCAUCCGCGAGGCCGUCAGCCAGGUGCUCAGCGGCUACGACUGGACGCUGGUGCCCAUGCCGGUGCGCGUCAACGGUGCCAGCAAGAGCAAGCCGCACGUCAAGCGGCCCAUGAACGCCUUCAUGGUGUGGGCGCAGGCGGCGCGCAGGAAACUCGCGGACCAGUACCCGCACCUGCACAACGCCGAGCUCAGCAAGACGCUGGGCAAGCUCUGGAGGCUGCUGAACGAGAGUGACAAGCGCCCCUUCAUUGAGGAGGCUGAGCGGCUGCGCAUGCAGCACAAGAAGGACCACCCCGAUUACAAGUACCAGCCCCGGCGGCGGAAGAACGGCAAGGCGGCCCAAGGGGAGGCCGAGUGCCCCGGCGGGGAGGCCGAGCAAGGAGGGGCCACGGCCAUCCAGGCCCACUACAAGAGCGCCCACCUGGACCACCGGCACCCGGAAGAGGGCUCUCCCAUGUCUGACGGGAACCCUGAGCACCCCUCAGGCCAGAGCCACGGCCCACCAACCCCGCCAACCACCCCAAAGACAGAGCUGCAGUCCGGCAAGGCAGACCCCAAGCGGGAUGGGCGCUCGAUGGGGGAGGGCGGGAAACCUCACAUCGACUUCGGCAAUGUGGACAUCGGCGAGAUCAGCCACGAGGUAAUGUCCAACAUGGAGACCUUUGACGUGGCUGAGUUGGACCAAUAUCUGCCACCCAAUGGGCACCCAGGCCACGUGGGUAGCUACUCAGCAGCUGGCUACGGGUUGGGCAGCGCCCUGGCCGUGGCCAGUGGACACUCCGCCUGGAUCUCCAAGCCACCGGGCGUGGCCCUGCCCACGGUCUCGCCACCUGGUGUGGAUGCCAAAGCCCAGGUGAAGACAGAGACCGCAGGCCCUCAAGGGCCCCCCCACUACGCCGACCAGCCGUCCACCUCGCAGAUCGCCUACACCUCCCUCAGCCUGCCACACUACGGCUCCGCCUUCCCCUCCAUUUCCCGCCCCCAGUUUGACUACUCUGACCAUCAGCCCUCAGGACCCUAUUAUGGCCAUUCGGGCCAGGCCUCUGGCCUCUAUUCGGCCUUCUCCUACAUGGGGCCCUCUCAGCGGCCCCUCUACACGGCCAUCUCUGACCCCAGCCCCUCAGGGCCCCAGUCCCACAGCCCCACACACUGGGAGCAGCCAGUAUAUACGACGCUGUCCCGGCCUUGAAGAGGGCCCUGUCACCACCAGCCCCUGCCCAGUCCCUGCUGGGCCCCGAGCCCCUUCCUUCCGCUGUGCGCCCUGUUCCUCACCAGUCUCGGGCCUGGUGGUGGCGGUGGAGGGUGCUCCAGGGGCUGACAGUGGAGGGAAGGCUGUCUGCCUGCUCCCRCCCUGAUGACCUGCCGCCCCAUCCAGGCCCCAGAGGCAUGGCCCUGGCUGACAGCCUGGGCAGAGGAGGAGGAGGCUGGCCGAUGCCCCUAGACUGAAGGAUGAGGCUGCACCUCCCCCAGAAACCCUCUAUCCCAGGACCUGAGGAGGGCCACCACCCCCUGGGAAGGGAGGAAGCAUGCAGGGUGGGACAGUGCGGGAGGCUGGGCCACUCCUGUUUCCUUCUUACGGACAGCGAGGGACUACAGGCCCCUGUGCCACAGUGCCUAAGCUAGGCCACCAGGGACUGCAUCAGGGCUUAGAGACCCUGGCUGUGUCACUCAGGGGCCGAGGACAGCUUUGAACCGCUUUCUGGGGUGGGGUGGAGCUCAGUGGAAAUUCUUAUCCCUUCAACGCCCCUUCCCUCCUGAAAACAGGAAGGAACCGGCACAGAGGCCCCC